AUGGGAGUCACUGCUUAUUUGGACACCAUAUUGGUCCCUUUGAGUCUUUUCAUUACAGUGGGUUACCAUGCCUAUCUUUGCCACACCAUCAAGAACAAACCUUCACGUACAACUUAUGGAAUCAGUAAGCUCAGAAGAACAGCUUGGUGUCUCAACUUAAAUCAGGGUGAUGCCAGUAAGGCUAUGUUGACAGUGCAAAGCAUGAGAAACGCUCUUAUGGCAACCAUACUCACAGCUUCUAUAACCAUUCUUGUUAACUUGGCUUUGGCAGCUCUAACCAACAACGCCUACAAUGCUAGCCAUCUCUUUAACAGUGGACUUUUUGGCUCAAAGUCAGAUAAAAUCUUCAUUUUGAAGUAUGGAUCAGCCUCAAUUUGUUUGGUGAUUAGCUUUGUGUUCAGUUCCAUGGCCAUUGGAUUUCUGAUUGAUGCAAAUUUUCUUAUGAAUGCAUAUGGAGAUUUCUUGUCAGGGGGUUACACACAAACUAUACUAGAAAAAGGGUUCACAUUAGCUCUUGUUGGAAAUAGGGUACUUUGUGUUGCUGUUCCUUUGAUGCUAUGGAUGCUGGGUCCAGUGCCAGUGUUUUUAGCUUCCUUAGCGUUGGUUUUUGUCUUGCACGGAUUUGAUUUUGUCUGCAAAUUCCCAGAAAACCAUAAGCAAUGUAACACUGUAAAAUAG